AAGAUCUGUCAAUUCCCCCCAAUCCACGCUCACUGCCUGCCCUCAGUAGGUUGCUCUACUUGCUGUCAGCCACAGGCAAGUGACACCGGGGCUUUAAACUCAAACAAUCGCCACUCUUUUGACAGUUCACAACUGAAGAAUAAAAGAAACUCAGGGCGUCUCAUCUCAGCCCUCCAUGCUCCUGCAAUCCAGUGGGUGUUAAAUCCAUGGAAGUGGCCGGAUUCUACGACGAGGGCAGCUUUGCUAUCCACAGUAGAGACAGCAUUAUUAGUCCCAUCAGCGGCGGCUCAUACUGGAGGCUCGGGGACUCGAUGACGGAGCUGGGCAUUGAGCAGCGUGAGAGAGCGAUAGACUUCAGUGCUUACCUGGACUCCGCUUUGCACUGUCCGCAGCAGCAGCAGCAGCAGCAGCAGCAACAGGGGGACGUUUUCUCCGAUUUCCUGGCGGAGAACAAGCUCAAGAGAGCUGCAGCUUUGCAGGGCUACAAGAACUACUCUCUGCUGAGCGAGCUGGAGACGAGUCAGUGCGACAACUUGAGGGACCCCAGGGAGCCCUACGCGCUGGGUUACACUGAGCUGCAAGAGACCCGCGUGGAUAGUGUGCUCAGUCCUGAACUCAGCCGAUACAGAGCUGCUGCUGCUGCUGCUGCUGCUGAGAGAGACGAGGGUCAGGAAAACGUUAAGAUGGAGAACGGGUCGUCUGGGUUUGACAUGAGGUCCUACCUUCAUUACCAGCCCACCAGCGGCAGUCUUGGAAACAUCUCCACUGCGUCCUCGACCUGCUCCAGCCCCCCCGGCACACCUGGUCCUUCAGGUAGCAGCAGGUCACCCUCACACAGCGGCAACAAAAUGUCCAGCGGGAAGGCGAAGAAACGCCUGGACAAGGACAGUGACGAGUACAAGGUGAGGAGGGAGAGGAACAACCUCGCCGUGAGAAAGAGCAGAGACAAAGCCAAAAUGCGCAACUUGGAGACUCAACAUAAAGUGCUGGAACUGGCUGCGGAGAAUGAUCGUUUACAAAAGCGCGUGGAGCAGCUGUCCAGAGAGCUCGCCACCCUGCGUAACCUGCUCUCUGCCACUGGACAAUGUUAAGAGACCCCCAGCUUGACUGAUCAUUCAUGGACUUUAGAGCCGGGGGGGCUCCACUGAGCAACGGUACGCUUCACAGGUGAAGACCACCAGUUUACAAGGACACUUUGAAUGGGGGACUGAAGGAGUGGAUGCAUGGAUUGCGCAAUCAUUCACGAUUCUUCUCAUGUCACCUCAGCGCUCAUUCUCAGAUGUAAUUUUUGUGUAUGCAGUAUUUCUGUGCAGGUUUUACAUACAUGCGAGUGAAUUUCUACAUUUUUGUGUAUCUGGAGCAGUGGUUGUCAAGGGAAGAGUUGUGCUGCAGUGAAAUGAUGCAACUCUUUGUAAUAGUAUUGGCAAUGAAUGAAAUAAGUCGAAUUAUUUAAUAUUAAAACGGGAAAUGCUUUAAUUGUACUUGAUAUUUUAUUGAAUUAAACAGAUUUAUACUUUGUCUAAACAA